AGGCGGCUUCGUUGCGUCCCCUCCGCCGAAGGAAGGAAGGGAGGCGGCGGCAAGGAGGGCGGGCCCGGCAGGGAGGAGGCGGAGGAGGAGCCGGGGAGGGGAAGCCGGGGAGCGGGUGGCCGGCCGGCUUCGGAGCGUGGCGCCUCCGCGGAGGCAGCAGCAUGGAGGGCCCGGAGGAGGAGGAGGAGGCCGCAGGCGCGCCUCGCAGUUUCGCGACAGUCGAGGAGGAGGCGGAGGCGGAGGCCUCGGGGAAGGCGCUGAACAAGCCGCCCUCCUCUGAAAUAACGGCGGCGGCGGCUGCCGGGCUCCAUCUGCCCCUUCUCCCUGCCCUCCCUCCGCCUCCUCUUCUUCCUCCUCCGGCGCCCCGCCACCGCCACCACUAUUCCUCCCCUCACUCCCCGCCUCAUGAAGCUUCUCGACAACGACGGCUACGACGCCGCCAGCAGCACCUCGGCCGCCGCCUCCUCCUCCUCGACCCCGGCGGCGGAGCCCUCAUGGAGGCCGCGGGAGGAGGAGGCGGCGGCACCCUUCUCUACCAGGCCCCCGGGGACGAGGACGAGGAGGACGAGUUAGACGGAGAAGAGGACGACGACGACGACGAGGAGGAAGAUGGCGAGGAGGAGGAGGAAGGAGGGCUGGGCAGCAGCGAGAGCGCCGGCAGCGGCUUCUCAGGCCCCGCCGCCGUGGGCCCGGAGUCCCGCAAGCGAGCUCGGGGCGGCGGCGGCUCCUCCUCGUCCUCCUCGGUGCUGGGCUCCGCUUCCGCCGCCACCCGCGGAGGAGGAGGAGGCGGCGGCUACGAAGUGGUGCGGGAGCUGGGCCCCGAGGAGGUGCGCUGGUUCUACCGCGAGGAGCGCAAGAGCUGGAAGCCCUUCAUCGGCUACGACUCGCUCCGCAUCGAAAGGGCCUACCGCGCCCUCCCCGAGCAAGAGAACCAGGAGCCGGAGGAGGAGGAGCACGAGGAGGCCUCCACCCCGCCGCCGAUGGGCCCGGAGCCGGUCUGCGUCCGGGGGGGGCUCUACGAGGUGGACGUGGCCCAGGCCGAGUGCUACCCGGUCUACUGGAACCAAUCUGAAAAGAUUCCUGUGAUGCGUGGGCAGUGGUUUAUUGAUGGCACCUGGCAGCCUCUGGAAGAAGAAGAAAGUAAUCUGAUAGAACAGGAACAUCUGAGCUGCUUCAAGGGACAGCAGAUGCAAGAGAAUUUUGACAUGGAAGUCUCAAAACCUUUAGAUGGAAAAGAGGUUAUCUACCAUCUCCCUCCCUUCUCCCUCCAUUCACUGUUCAAAUGGAGAGGAUAUAAAGAGAAUACAGAGGCUGCAGGGCUUAAACGCAAACGGUCUGAAGCUAUUCAUAGUUUGAAGCUGAGUCGCAACCAUGUUGACUGGCACAGUGUGGAUGAAGUGUAUCUCUACAGUGAUGCAACGACCUCUAAAAUUGCCAGAACUGUCACUCAGAAGCUAGGUUUUUCCAAAGCUUCAAGCAGUGGAACAAGGCUUCAUAGAGGCUAUGUUGAAGAAGCUACACUAGAAGACAUGCCAUCACCAACAACUCACAUUGUGUUUGUUGUCCAUGGCAUUGGACAGAAAAUGGACCAAGGAAGGAUUAUCAAAAACACUGCCAUGAUGCGAGAUACUGCAAGGAAAAUAGAAGACAAAUAUUUUUCCAAUCAUGCAACGCAUGUUGAGUUCCUUCCAGUUGAAUGGAGAUCCAAACUUGCACUUGAUGGAGACACUGUUGACUCUAUUACUCCAGAUAAGGUCCGUGGCUUAAGGGAUAUGCUUAACAGUAGUGCAAUGGACAUAAUGUAUUACACAAGCCCCCUCUACAGAGAUGAGCUGGUAAAAGGACUUCAACAGGAGCUGAACCGUUUGUACACACUUUUCUGUUCUCGGAAUCCAGAGUUCACGGAAAGGGGCGGGAAAGUAUCCAUCGUAUCACAUUCCUUGGGAUGCGUCAUCACAUACGACAUCAUGACAGGAUGGAAUCCAGUCAGACUCUAUGAACAGUUGCUUGAGAAGGAAUAUGAUGACCUUGAGGAUACAUGGAUGAGCUAUGAGGAGCAGCAUUUAUUAGAAGAAUUCUACUUAACCAAACAGCGAUUGAAGGAGAUAGAAGAGAGAUUGCAUGGACUGAAGAAAUCCACCAUAUCCAAGACACCUGCCUUAAAAUUUAAGGUUGAAAAUUUCUUCUGUAUGGGAUCUCCAUUAGCAGUGUUUUUGGCCUUGCGCGGCAUCCGUCCAGGGAACAGUGGAAGUCAAGACCACAUUCUGCCCAGAACUAUUUGUAACCGGUUGCUAAACAUUUUUCAUCCUACAGACCCAGUGGCUUAUAGACUAGAACCUUUAAUUCUGAAGCACUACAGCAACAUUUCUCCUGUCCAAAUCCACUGGUACAACACCACGAAUCCUCUACCUUAUGAGCACAUGAAGCCAAGUUUCCUCAACCCGGCAAAAGAAUCUACCUCAGUCCCAGAGAGUGAAGUUCUCGCAACACUACCCAGCCCUACGACAUCACCUGUUCUGGCUCGGCGGCACUAUGGCGAGUCCAUAACAAAUAUAGGCAAAGCAAGUAUAAUGGGAGCUGCUAGCAUUGGGAAAGGCUCGGAGGGAUGCUUUUCAAGAUUGGGACGCUCCAGUGCUCCCGCCUCACAGGGACUCGAGCCUGGAAAGGAAGGAACAGACGUAGAGGAGAAGAAGUCUACCCUAAAUCAAGCAACAAUUGGGACUCAGACCUUUCCCCACAGCACUUCCGGCUUCCUAGACCCAACAGUGGAGCUAGAGCACAGGAUUGACUUUGAGCUCAGGGAAGGCCUGGUGGAGAGCCGGUACUGGUCUGCCGUCACGUCACACACAGCUUACUGGUCUUCUAUGGACAUUGCUCUCUUUCUUCUCACCUUCAUGUACAAGCAGGACCAAGAAGCAGAUGGCAUCAAGGCUCAUUUAGACUCUGUUUGAUUUUAGUUUGGGGGGCGGGGUGGGGGCGGGGGCAUUGAGGAGGGCUCUGGGAAGAAAGGACAAAACUUGACAAGUGGCACAAAGCAGUCUUAAGUGCAGCAUCUCUUUUCAAGGCAUGUGGGUUUCAGGUUUAAAUGCCAGUCUGGAGCUCUUCCUUCUGGGAUUAUUUGCUCUUCAAGGAACAUUUCCAGUCCUCUGCUGGCUGAGGCUCUCAGUUCCCAGUCUUUCAGUUUCAUACAAACAGGCGAGCGGUGGUUGUUUCAGCAUCCAUGAUAAGGUUGACACCGUUACAGAUUAACCACAACUGUUGUUUAACAGAGUUAAUUUUUUUAAGGGCAGAGAUUAGUCCUCCUGAAUGGAAUUCGUUUUCAUUUAAGAACAAUGCCUGCAAACCUAAGACGGCAUCUUCUGUGUGUCCUUUGCACUGGGAUUGAAACAGAAAAUGGGUCUCUCAUUCUUCUGAUCCACCUGAUUCCACCAAAAUUCCUCAGAAUGGCAGACUCAAAAGGUGUGCUAACACAACUCACCCCAAUACUAAAACUGGCAAACAGGCACGAAACAGAUACUUUGAAAUACUGUAAUUAUAAUUUAUUAUGACCUCCAACUAACUUUUGUUUGACUCCAGUGUGUACAAAGCGUUACUUUUUCUACAGUUCCCCUCCUUUCUUUGUUUUUUGUUUGGGGCAAAAAGACAUCAGUUAAAGAACCACACUUUUUUUCUACAGUGUUAAAACGGCUUUAUUCCUCAAAUGACAUAUCUUUGUACUAUCCAAAAGGAGCUGUGAACACUGUGGCACACUUUUCAGUAUUUUUUCAUUAAAAAUAAACCUUUGUGGUAUCACACAAACAACCUUUGUUACCUAGUUUUUCUCCAAGAUAAGUAAAGCUGUGCUGUGGUUCCUGAAUAACAGUCUCUGGGAGCACUAAAGCCUGCUUCCUUUUCUUCUCAAAGUGUAAAAUAGCUGCACUGGAAUUCUUCAGAGGUGACAGAAACUGAGCCUGGAAUGUGUAGUUCCUCCAUAAUUAAGACAUUCCUAAAUAGGAGUGACAUUGACCAAUUACAGUCAGCUCUUAGUAUCCACAGAUUCUGUAUCCCAUGGAUUCAACCAUCCAUUGCUUGAAAAUACUCCCCCAUGCAUGGGAAAAAAAACCACACCUUGAUUUUGCCAUUUUAUGUAAGGGACACCAUUUUACUCUGCCAUUGUAUAUAAUGGGAUUUGAGCAUCCCCAGGGGGGUCCUGGAAGCAAACCCCAGAAGAUGAGGGCCCACUCACAUUACAGUCAGCGCUCUGUAUUCAUUAAUUCCUUAGCCACAGAUUCAACCAUCCAUGGCUUGAAAAUACUCCAAAAAGAUUU